GGUAACAUCAGUUUUGUCCAUCAGCAGCCUCUCUCAGCCUGCCAAGCUAUCUUAUGGAUUGAAGUAACCAAUUUGCUAACCGUGGCUGUGAUGGCUGCAGAAGGGAAUGGCAGAACAGGCUCCGGGCAGAGGAAGUUGGCCUCUGGUUAAAGAGUCAGAGAUCCAUGUCCGGAACCCAUGUUACCAUCAGGCUAUUAUUUCUACCGACAUAGUUUAAUCUGGAUUUACAGUACUCAUCGCUUCUUGAACAGCCUUGACGGUUACAGCGCCAAUAAAGAAGAGGAAGACAUUUCAUUGACUGCACUGAAGUUUAAGAAGCGUUCAAGUGUGAGAACAAUUUCAUUAGACGAUUAAGAAAAAAUCUGAUCCAUUCAGCGAGACCUAGGGGUCUAUAGUGGCGCAAACCAACUUUAAUGUUGCAAUUGACAAGCGACUAAUUAUCGGGCAGUGGUGGGGCCACCAUUCGCUUCCAUCAAAUUUCGGUGCGCAGUCACUGGUUUAGGCCGGAUUCACACUAUGAUGCCGAUCACGGUCCGCUCUCGGUCCAGUCUCGGUCCGGUAAAAUAUUCACAAACGAAAAACAAUGACUGUAUUCACACUAUCCGUGCUGUUCAAGUUUCGGUACAGUCACACUCCAGCAUCGAUCAAGUUCGAAGAAUAUUUUGCUGGAGCGUGAUCGAACUUGCCGCGACUUGUACUGAUAGUGUGAAUAACGUUGCGUUCUCGGUUCAGUCUUUCGACAAUAGCAAAGGAGUGCAGAUCGAAGUUUUUACAAUGACAGCUGAAAAAUCUUGGUCUUUUGAAAAAGAUGAAAUGCUCAUCGAACUUGUCAAAAGUAAGCGAAAAAAUGCACAAGAUCUGUUUUACGUGUCCACGCGACGAACGAUGAAUCGCGACUGGACCGAUGUAAGAACACAAAUGUAGAUGUCGAAAGAUUUUACCGAACCGAGACUAGACCGAGAACGAACCGUGAUCGGCACCAUAGUGUGAAUCUACCCUUAGAGGUAGUUUUGCCUGUUUGUGUAGUCAUUGAUGAUUGGGAUUGGAAGAAAAAUUAUUUAAAAUAUUGCCAUUUGUAUUUAUACAAUUUUUUAAACAGAUAUGAGCAGGUGAGUAGAGAGAAAAUGCUAUGUGGAGUGAAAAAUCAAAAAAGAUAGAAAAAGAAAAAAUGGAAUUUGUAAAUAUUUACUACUAUUCACAAAAAUGCCAGUUCGACAAGUAAGGAUUGGUGAUAAAAUGCUGUGGAUGUAGUAGAAGUGUGCAGAUUUUUGCGUGUUGAGGACACACACUGAGUAAUUGAUGGCAUUAAUUGACACAGCCAAGUGAGCUGAAGAAGAAUUAUGUAGUUCAGCUGGGAAUGAAGAGGUUGAUGUGGGUAAACUGUGGCAGAUUGCCAUGCUGAGAUGCAGACGCGCGGAAAUCUGGCAAAGGACAAAUGACAAAUGAAAGAAGCGAGUAGUGGUGAGAAGCGACAAGAAGAGAGUGUUGUUGGCGGCGGUUGCUUUGCCUUUUGAUGCGAGUGGAAACGCAAGCAAGCGCAAACAUUAAUUAGCUGCUGAAUGACUGUCAUUCAAAUAGACAUAUGAGCGCAAAGCUAUGCGACAUAAUAUCUAGACAAACACACACAUGCAUACUUAUGUAUGUUUGCAUAUUUCCAUGUAUAUAUGUGUGUUAAUUGCGAAUGUGUGGGCAUGCAUUUGUGUGAAGUACUGCAGGGUUAAGGCAGAGUGAAUGAGAGUAGAAUGAAUUGAAUUGCUUUACAGCGAGAUAAUUUGUAUGCAGCUUUGUAUAUACAUGCGCUUGUAUGUGUGUAUGUUAUAUAAGUGUUAGUGUGUGGCAAGAUCUUAUUUUGCAACACUUUGUGGAUAUGUAACGUAUACCCUUUGCAAGUAUGUGUUAAUUUUGUUUUUUUUUGUUUUUUACGAGUACCAUUGCCUGAUUAGUUGUUGAUUAAUUGCGAGACCAGCAUGCACACAUACAUGCGAACACAUCUGUUUACAUAGCGCAAACAUAUGUACGCUUCAAUAAGCCAGAAUAACAAGCCAUUCGAGCGUCUAACUAAAUAUGCAUUUGCUAGAAAAAUAAAUGAGUAAAAAUCACAAUACAAAAGCAACAUUUACCAGCGCUUAAUUAUAAGAAAACACAUUCGAAUGGGUAAAUAAGAGUAAUGUUUUCGAAUGCAGCUGUCUGGCAAUUAAAUGAGUUGACAAAUGAAAAUAUUAAUUCUCCACGUGUGCAACAGCGAUUCACCAACGGCCGUAGUCCGUAAUAAAUAAAAGCGAGAAAUGAAUUGGCCAGCUAUUUAUGAGAAUUUUGUCAUCAGUAUAACAAAUAGAGUUAAAUAUUUACCAUAUGUCGUUUAAAGACAACACAAAACGGGCAAGUCACUUCAGGUAGCUCAUAAAAAGACACCAACAAAUAUGCUUAGGUACGCAAGUAUGCGUGCUUUAGGCUACAUAAAAGUUUCUAAAUAUUUUUGCGCCAACUUUCUUUCUAAAGGCUCUCUUGGGACCAGUUUAAUAUAGAUCAAUAAAAUUUUACGAAUUCUUGAGUAGGUGAUAAUUGCUUUUCAUCUUUGAUUGUUUGCUUAUUUUCGCUUAGUAGAGUUUGGCACACAGUGGACACGCACACUA